CCUGCUUACCACCUUAUUUCAUGUUCUGUGACCAUGUGCAGCAAUCAGUGACUCCACCUGUGCUGAUUAGUCAGUGAGCCUCAGCUGAUCUGUCUGGGCCAAACAUCUCUAUUAAAAUGAACAAAGAUACAACUAAACAGAAAAUGUGAAAGAUAUUCCUAGAGAUGUUCCAUGAAGAGUAAAAACAGCUUUUCACAUCCUCACGCAAUCAGACAUUUACUGUGGGAAGCUUUUCACUGAACGUCACUGUUUAAACUCCUUUUAUUUCUCAGAGCUGAUCUGGGGAACCAUAGAGCCUCUUUGUAGGAGAGAAACACCUCUGAACUCAAAGGCAGCAUGAUGGAUGUUUACAUCUGAGGAAUAAAGGCAAAGCCCACCCAGAGGAGGGGGGCUGCUCUGGGGCAUCUGUGAGUCAUAUAAAACUUUCCCCAAGUGGGAGAGCCUUUAGUUUGCAGCCCAGCAAAGUACUGAGACAGAACAACAAGGAGAAGGAGCACCAGCAAACUACAAUGGCAUCUUUAGGUCUGCAGAUACUGGGCGUCGGGCUGGCAGUGCUCGGAUGGAUCGGAAAUAUUCUGAUCUGUAUGCUGCCGCUGUGGAAGGUGUCCGCUUUUAUUGGGAACAACAUCGUAGUGGCUCAGGCCAUCUGGGAAGGACUGUGGAUGACCUGUGUGGUCCAGAGCACGGGUCAGAUGCAGUGCAAGGUCUACGACUCCCUGCUGGCCCUGCCUCCGGACCUCCAGGCGGCUCGAGCUAUGGUGGUCAUCGCCAUCCUGUUCGCUCUGUUUGGCUUGCUGCUGUCUGUGGUCGGAGGGAAAUGCACCACCUGCAUUGGAGACAAGGCAGCAAAAGCCAGAGUGGCCAUCUCAGCUGGUGUUUUCUUCAUCCUGAGCGGGGCUUUGUGUCUGGUGACCGUGUCUCUACCUGCUAACACGAUUAUCAAGGACUUCUACAAUCCCAUGGUUCCAGAUGCCCAGAGGAGGGAGCUUGGUGCGUGUUUAUACAUGGGCUGGGGAGCUUCGGGACUACUGCUGAUCGGUGGUGCUCUUCUCUGCUGUCAGUGUCCGUCAGGGGGAGGCCGCUAUAACGGUGCAAAGUAUUCUGCACCAAAAUCCACUACACCAGGGAAGGAAUUUGUCUGAAUUGAAACGUUACAUGAGAGACAGCAGCCUUUGAAGAGCACUUGAUUUUAUAUGAAGUUUAAACCCGCUGCUUGUCAAGUUGUGAUUUGCAUUGUAGUUAACCCCCUCUUCUUUUGUUAAACUAACACACUGUGGCGUAUUGUUUCUGUCACAAGAGACUGAGGUAUGUGCCCUGUUAGGAUUGCAGUUCAGUUCUUCUUACAUUGUUUUGUGUUGUUGAUACUAAUUCAUUCUAUCUUAGACUCUCCAGAUGUCUAGCAACACACGCACUUCAGAAAGCCUCAUGCAUUCAUGAUGUGAUUUAUUUUUCAUUUUGUUUUGUCAUUCAGACAAUAAAGAUUUUUUUUUUUUUUUUUUUUUUGCAAAUAAUGUUUUUUCAAUAUGUCUGAUCUGGUGAAACAUAACAAAGUACGUUUACUUAAGGGCUAAAUCUUUGAGACACUAUCCUUGGGAGCCACAUUUCAGAGAGAAAUAUUGCACCUUGUACUUAACUGGCAGCAAUAGUUACUUUAAAUAUUAAAGAUUUUACACAUAAAACA